AUGUCUUUGGAAGCCGCGCUGGACGAUGAGCGGAAGGAGGUGCUGGCCUUACUCGAAGCCAAUACCCGAGCAAACUCAGGGCGCUCCGGGAGUCCUCAUGUGGGCGGCCGCGCGAUGAGCCCCGGCAUGUCGCCCGUCCGCAGUAUGCUGGAUGUUGGCGGUCCGCACGUAGCAGAUUGGUCGCAUCUUGGGAAGAAGAAGCGGAACAGCAGUCGCGGCAGCAAUCCUUCGUCUCCACCGCCUUCCGCCCGCAGCUUUGGGGGCUCUUCUGUCGACCCGGAAUCGCAAUACCAAUUCUCAAUGCUGCCCACCAUAGAAGCGCACUCUAUGCCCAAGCGCGUGUCGCAAGGCGGCAAGGCGAGCAAUACGGUGAAACCUCGAGCAAUGUCAUCUGUCUUCGGCGACCAAUCUGGGAAGGCAGUGUCGAACAGAGACCGGGAUCGACACGGUUCGUUCAACGGGCCUUACCAGAGCAAGAAGGCCAGUAGCCCUGGACCGGGCCGAUCGCAGUCUCCGGGUGGUCGCAUGCUUAACACAAAUUCUAUGAACUUAAUGGCCUCUCCAAACAAGUAUGUGACCGAUUCUGGCAAAGUCAUCGACAUGUCAUCCGCAUAUCGUAAACUUUCAGAUGCAAAUCUCAGCCGAUCAGGCGGAAGUCUCUCAUCUCUUCCAAAUCGCAAAGGCUCUAGCUCUACCAAGGGACAAAGUCUGGCUCCUGGAGGCGGCGUCCGCUUAGCUACAGACGACUUUGGUGACGACGAGGCUGCAGUCGAAUCCAGUGACAACGAUGACUCUGAAGACUCGGAUGUUGAUGGCUGGGGAGGUGCCAAGAGACGAGGCAGACAACGUCGAAGGAGCGACGGUAGCGAGGGCAAAGGCCCGAAAAGUUUGCUAGCAGCCGCUGAAGAAGAACGCAAAGACGUUUCCUCCUCUCGCAGGGUGCGAUCCAUGUUGGAACCGGACGUAACCAUCACUGGUCCAGACGGUACUCCUUUAGCUGGUGAAAAAAUGUCGAACAAGAAAUCAGGAGUGCACCCGCAUACGAAUUUUGAUCAGGGCGGAUCUGCUGUGUCCACCCCUUACAAUUCAGACACGGAGGCAGACCUGUCUGAGCUCAAGUCGGCUCAGUUGCUGUCCAUGAACAUCUCCCCUAUCCAAUCAAGCCCAGAAGCCCACCGCUGCGUCCGUCAAAUCGUCCGUGGCAAUUAUGGAAAGUUUCUGAGAGAUGCCGAGAACGGUCUGCGACGACAGCGGGUUUACUUGGUAGCAACUGACAUAAGCGAAGAAGCAGCUUAUGCUUUAGAAUGGACGAUAGGGACAGUGCUUCGGGAUGGCGAUACCCUGCUCGCAGUUUAUGCCGUGGACGAGGAGGUUGGUGUUGGGGGAACGGACACCCCCGGGGGCAGCGUUCCUAUGACGGCGCAACAAGAGUCGGAUAGUCUGCUGAAGACGCUCUCAAACCAUCAAGGCUUUGAAGCGGAAGGACCAGGGCCAUCGCCCUUGUCCAAUAGCGUGUCAGCAUCAGAAACAGACACGAAUACCAUGAACAAAGCGGAGAAGGACCGAUACCAGGCGGCUGUUGAAGUGUCCGAUCGCUGCGUCAAACUCCUACGAAAGACCCGCUUGCAAGUUCGGGUGGUAGUGGAAGUAUUUCAUUGCAAGAGUCCUAAACACAUGCUCACAGAAGUGAUCGACUUCCUAGACCCCACAUUGGUGAUCCUGGGGUCUAGAGGGCGCAACGCAUUGAAAGGUGUCCUGCUGGGUUCUUUCAGCAACUACCUUGUGACAAAAUCUUCCGUUCCAGUGAUGGUAGCAAGGAAACGGCUCCGCAAGCACAGCAAGUACAAGCGCAAGAAUUUGCGGCUAUCCAACGUCAUUUCACCGUCUAACAACGGCCGGCUCGUCAACGCUAAAAUUGACUAA